UUUAAUAGACAUCACUUAAAAGAUAUCGGUUGAGAAGAAAACCGAUGUCUUAAAAAUUUAGAUAUCGAAUUUAAUAUUUUCUGAUGUCUAUUAAGAAUAUAAACAUCAGUCCUUAUAAGACCUGAUAUUAUUUUAUUAUUUUGAAAUAUUGUGAACAGAUAAGGCUAAGCUGCAGAUUCAACUAAGUAUUGGAAAAAACAAAAAGAUUGAGGAAUAGCGGGAAAUGGGGAACCGCUAAGUAUCGAUGCUUUAUCCUUUUCCCUUUGUUUCGUUUUGUUGUUUUUAUUUUUAUUUUUUAUCUAUCUCCAAGCACAGCUUCAUAUUUUCAGAGAGUAUCAUCUAUCAUCUCAAAACAAAACGAAAUUUUUUGAAAAAUAAAAAGAGUUCGCGCGAACAUGGAGUCUCGCUCACGAACUGAUUUUCUUCCCAAAUUUUCCGCUUCUCUCUCAAUAUUCCUCAUCGUGCUUCAGUACUUUGCUCUUCACAAAACUCCUUGUAUCUCUUUCACGAAGCCCAAACAAUGAGCGGUCUCCGGAACAACCUACUGUCAAAUUAGAGUUCAUUGAGUGCAAGAACAAGAAUUGAAGGAUUGGGUUGUAUUGCUUCAUAACAGUUGGUGUGGGGUCUCUGUGUCGUACUUUGCUGCGUUUAAUUUGGGCGUUUGAAGGUUGUAUUGCUUCAUAACAGUUGGUGUGGGGUCUCUGUGUCUUACUUUCGCUGCGUUUAGUUUGGGCACUUUAAGAACAGUGAGUUGUUGCUAUGACUUCACCAACACAGAAACAAUCAUCGAGAGACAAGACAUCCAAGAAAAAAAAAUCUAAAGCCAAGAAUGAUGAGGUGCUUGAGCCCAUGGAGGACUUUCAAUCAAAGGAGACUAUCAACACCUCACCUUUGGUCAGAGCGAAGCGUGGUGUCACAGAAAUGCAUAAGGUUGUUGUGAAAAAAGCUUUGGGUAAAAGAUAUCAAGUUCAGUACACUAGACUUGGUGUACCAAGAGGGAGAGUACGUUCGAUGCUGCAGUCUUACAUUGGAGUUUUGGCACGAACUAUGGUUCCUAUAAACAUCCCAAACUGGCCAAACGUUCCACGGGAUAUAAAAGAAAAAAUAUGGGAAGAGAUUGAGGGUGCUUUCAUUAUUGCUCCUAAAAGUAAGAAGCUGGUGUUGUCAUCUGCUGCCUCUAAAUGGAGACAAUUCAAGAGUAAGUUAACAAGUAAGUAUGUAUUACCUUAUGCUGGGAGGAAAAAGAAACUGAAGAAACCACCAAAGAUGUAUGAUUCCAUCGAGAGAGAUGAAUGGAAACAGUUUGUUGCUUCACGAUUAUCAAAUGAUUGGCUGAAACUUCAUAUGGAGCAAAAAGAAAGGACAGCAAAGAGAAAGUAUCACCACAGAAUCUCAAGGAAGGGAUAUGUUGGAUUAGAGGAAGAAUUAAUGGAGGCCAUGUCUGAAGAAGAAGAACUUGAUCGUUCUUAUUUAUGGAAGAAAGCACGGGAAGGUAAAAAUGGAGAAAUGGCAGGGGAGGUAGCUCCGGUGGCCAAUGAUAUUGAUAAUUUGUUGGCUAAGAAAAAUAAAGGCGAGCUCGCCAUCUCGGGGUCUAAUGAUGUUCUAACAAUGGCGCUAAAAACUCCGGAACAUUCUGGUAGAGUAAGGGGUGUUGGGGGUAAUGUUAACCCUUCUACUUACUUCCAUCUUCCUAGACAGAGAAGGCAAAGCAUUUCGAAGGCUAUGUUUCUGGAGCAUCAAAGGUUGUUUGAGGAGACAAAAAGAAUGUUUGAAGCAGAACGUGAAAAGGAGCGAGCAUAUUUUGAGAAAAAGAUUGCUGCAUUGGAGGCAAAACUGAAUGGCAAUGUCCUUAUUACACCUUCUCCUCCCAUUUUUGAUAAAGGAAGUAGCCAUAGUAAAACUAUGUUCAAUGGUAAUGAUGCUUUAAAAUCAUCUCAAUCUACCUAUGAUAUUGAAAUUGAGGAAGUGGAGGACAUCGAGGUACCAAAAAAGCCAGGCAAUAUGAAGAAUAAAUCAUGCAAGCUGGCAGCGGGUUCCAUUCACAAUAUUGUGGCUUUAGGCACAAUAAUUGAAGAGAAUGACUCUAAUAUUACUGUACAUGGUAUUCCUUUACAAGAGGGUCAUUCGAGGGUUGCUGUUGAUGUGUCCAUUGAUGCAAAUGCUUUGCUUCCUGUCCCAAUUCCAGAUGAAUUGGAGAAUGUUGGUCAAGCUGUUAGGAGCUAUGUGGCUUGGCCAAAGAAGCUCAUUGUGUUGAAUAUGGAAAAGCAAAAAAAAAAGUAUGUUGCUCCGGUAAAAGACACAUUCAUGAAACAUGAUGGUUCAAAAAUGGUCCCUAGCAAAUGUAAGGCACUGUAUCAAAUUGCAAAGAUGACCAUGGACAAUAAUUCAAAGGCACUGAUGGAAACUCUAGAGGCUGAAAUUUUCGGAGUGCCUCGAGAUUUGUAUAUCUUCAGAGAUGAUAUUAUUCACUUAAUGGAAAUGCAAUGGCUCAGCGCAAACUGCAUAGUGGCUUACAUGAGGUACCUAUAUGAGGUCCUUGAGAAAUCUGACAUGGUUGAUACAUUUGGGUUCGUGGAUCCUGCACGGGUCGUCUCUAUUGGGGUAUCAGAUUCAAAGAAUGUAGUGAACAAUUUAGUACAACGGAUGCAACAUGGAAAGUCUGAUCGUAUAUUUUUGGUGCCUUACAAUCCCAGUAACCAUUGGAUGUUGACUAUAAUAAAUGAAGAAAAAGACAUUGUCUACAUUGUGGACUCUUUGGAAAGACAAUAUCCCGAGUGGAUGGAAACUGUUGUCAUCACCUAUGCCGUCAUCUGCUUCACCAGAAGUUGA